UGGACUACAAUUUAAUUACCUGAUCCCUUCAAUGGAUUCACUAGACUCUAGUGUCAUUAUAGCUGGACAGAAGCUCUUUAUCCUACAAGGAGACAGGUCUGACUCACUCCAGUGGGAGAAAUAUGGAUUCAGAUUAGAGUGUCCUCAAGGAGCAGUGUCCAAGGAUACUGAAGUAGCUGUUACUGCACUAGCUGGUGGUAAUUUCAAGGUACCCAAAGGUACUGUGCUAGUGAGUGCAGUAUAUGCAAUAUCAGUAUCUAAGGCACUAUUAAAACCACUGGUAAUAGAGCUACAACAUUGUGUGGAUCUAAGGAACACUAGUCAGACUGGUUGCCUCAAGUUUGUGAGAGCCCCACUGAAGUCUCCCAAUGCUUACCAGUUCAGUAUAGUUGAAGGAGGAUCUUUUAGUGUAGGGUACAGAUAUGGUUCUAUUGAACGUGACGAAUUUUGUGCUUUUGGUAUUGGACAUGUUGCUAAUGGAGACACACCUAAUGGAGGUGGGAAUGGAUCAGAGAAUGAUACAGUAACUCAAGGAACAAAUAAUGAUAGUGAGGAGGAGACUAAUGGAGACACACCUAAUGAUAGCAGUAAUGGAGCAGGAGAGAAUAGUAGUGGAGGAGGAGCCACUCCAUCAACAAGUACUACACCACCUCAUGACUCAAUUAAUGAUGAUCCUUCUCAGUUAGUCCGUGAGGUAGAAUCCCAUACUACUGAUGAACCAACAGUACAACAGUUAGAUCAUGUACUACAUGUAAGUGAUUCUGAUGGACCUACAGCUACUGUAUCCAGUGAACAGUGUCCAGCAAGGAAUGAUGAUGAAUCACUGCAAUCUUCUACUUAUCAUUCCACUUCACAGUCAGACAAUAAUGCACCUUCUGAUACAUUGUAUUCUGGAAUGAUGUACUAUGAUAAGAAAGAAGUUGGUUGUUGGAAAGCUAUGUAUUCUGUUGUUAGAGAUUUGGAAGUUCUUAAAAGGUAUUUAGAAAGCAAGCACAAAUCAAGUAUUGAAUAUGAUGAUGUUGUUGACUCAUUUAAGUUUAUUCAACCAAAUGGAACUCUUGAAUUGACUCUACACACUGGACAUCAGGUAGGAUGGACUGUUAAUCCUAUCAGGAAUCCAAUGAAAUUAUUUCAAUCAAGAGUUGACCAGUUUCCAUUAACUCCCUCAUAUGCAACCUGUAGUAUGUCAGUGUAUGCUAAACCUGGUAUUGCUAAGGAUCCACUUCAUUGUCCUAUUAAAUUAACUGGAAUAGAUCCUUCAAUGACAAUCUAUAUUGACCGAUGGCCUCCACCUUCAUCACCUUCAUCAAUGAUAGACAGUGCUAGUAGCUCAAGCUCCUCUACUGCUAGUAUCAGUCAAACCAGGAGAGAGACUGAAGAAGGUACAUUUAGAUCUGAUAUUGCUCAUAGAGUAAUGACAGAAUGUACUGGAAUGAUAAAGGAAAGGCUUGAUCUAAAUACAUUAGUAGAUAAGCUUCUUGAGAAGAGGAUGAUAAAUGAACGAGAGAAAACUAAAGUUCUUGAUGAAAGAUGUGGAUUAACUGCUAACCAAAGAAUGGAUGAGCUGCUUAGUUUAGUUAAAGGAUCCAUUAGAGAGGAUGGAGAAGAUUUUGGUUUGUUUCUAGAAAUAAUUAAACAAGAGAAUACAAGAAGAGCUGAUAGACUAGCACAGACACUAUUAGACAAUUAUAAAAGAUUAUUAUAAUUUUGCUUUUCCUUCUCUUCUUCGAUUCCUUUCCCUUCUUCUUUUCUCUCCUCUCCUUUC